GACAAGUUUUGCUAACCUAUUUUUUAGAAAAUUCAAGAAGUUCGGGAUAAUUAGGAUUUGUAAAUUAGAUUUUCUAAAGUUUAAAUUACAAUUAAUCUUAAAAAACUAAAAUAACACCUGUGAUCGGAAAUUGGUAACUGAAUUACCGUACUUAUCAAUAAGUAGUAAGAGUUCACAACAAUGUGAACUAUUUCAUUCUUCUUGUUAUUCUAAUUUAUAAAUAAAGAUGCCUCAGCAUCCCGGAGAAGAAGAUAAGCCCUGCAGGGCCUGUUCUGAUUUCAAAACGUGGUCAAAAUUACAAGGCAGCAAAUCGAAAAAGCCCAUAAUACCACCUAAACCAGUCGUAGAAGGACACAAAGAUUGUCCCCUAGACAAGGACGAGCUUGGAAGAUCAACAUGGGGUCUGUUACAUACUAUGGCAUCAUACUUUCCAGAGAAGCCUAACAAUUGUCAAACUGAGGAUGUUGUUCAAUUCUUCAACAUCUUUGCCAAGUUCUAUCCCUGUGAGCCCUGUGCUUUGGAUUUUCAGGAAGACAUAAAAGAAAACCCUCCAAAAGCUUGUACAAGAGACGAGUUGGCGAAAUGGUUGUGUGACAGGCACAAUACCGUUAACAAGAAACUUGGGAAACCUCUAUUUGACUGCAGUAAGGUGCAUGAAAGAUGGAGAGAUGGCUGGGCGGAUGGGUCUUGCGAUUGACUGUACAGAAAUAAGGGUCCUAUACACCAUUCCUAGUAGAUUUAGAUAUUGUGUCAAUAUACGCCUACACCUCAAGACCUUCAGGUCAAAUAAUUGUGCAAGUCAUUACAGCUUCAAUUUGUUAGAACAAUAGAACAUAUUAUUGUGCGUAACAGAUUUGUAGAUAAACAUUUUAUUUCAUAUCUUGCAACAUUUUGAUAGAUGAAAACGCCGUUACCUACAUAAUUUAAAAUGACACUAAACCCUGUAAAUAAAAAUGACCAGUAGCAUAAUAUUGAA